AUGGCCAGCAACCGAAUUCGGCGGAUGAGGAAAGAAAUUGCCGACAUCCACGCCGACACACACUCGCAGAUCAACGCGGAGCCCGUCGGCGGCGAGGACGAUGUGACGCACCUCCGAGGUUCGUUUCCCGGACCACCGGGGACGCCCUAUGAGGGAGGUACAUACAACAUCGACAUCAAAAUUCCCGAGAUGUAUCCAUUCCGUCCACCCACCAUGAAAUUUGAAACCAAGGUGUGGCAUCCGAAUGUCAGCAGCCAGACGGGUGCCAUCUGUCUCGACACAUUGUCCAGUGCCUGGACUCCCGUCCUGACGGUCAAGUCUGCCCUUCUUUCAUUGCAAUCUUUGCUCUGUACACCGGAGCCCAAGGACCCUCAGGACGCCGAGGUGGCCAACAUGUUCCUGCGGAGGCCCAAGGAGUUUGAGCGGGUUGCUCGCGAAUGGGCAGUUCUUUAUGCUGGUGCUCCCCGUGGAGAAACCAGUGAGGGCAGCAGGAGCGCAGCAGAGGAGACUCAGGAAGCAGUACAAGAUAAUGUGGCCCAGUAUGUCCCCCACACUUUUAAGGUCUUUGAGCUCACAUUAUCGCACAGAUAUGAUGGAUACAACAAAGAAUUGGUCGACCGCUUCUGUAGCAUGGGUUUCGACGUGGAACGAGUCGUCGGUGCCUUUCAACGUGUGGGGGUCGACCGGCGAGGAGGGCAGGACUACGAGCUGAACGAGGGUCAGAUGGGUGAUGUUACUUCACAACUUCUGGGGGAGUGA